UCAUCGUGUUGUGUUGUGAUUCGUGGCCUCGAAAAGGAAAUAUUUUUUCCCAACUUUAAACCUUAAAAUCACUCCAACCUCCUUCCUAUAAGCUAGUUUACUUCACGUUAUUUGUAAAACAAGAUGAAUUCAUCAUCUAGUUCGGCCUAGGGAAGACUUUCUUUGUAUGUUUUUUGAGUGGUUUUGAAAUCCUGGUUCAAAGAUGCCUCGAGCAGCCAUUCAACUUGCUGUUUUGAUUCUCGCCGUUCCUCUUCAGUAUUUUAUCUGCAAAUGGACUACACCUUCUGUAGGAGAGAGAGAUAUUCUCAUGAGAAAGUUAACUCGGUCCUUAACAUUGUUCAGUGGCGGCAUUUUGAAAUGGGACAAAUGGAAAGAAUGGGUGACAGAAUUUAUUUCUCGGUUCGAUGAGAAGGGAGAAUGUCCAGCCUUGGAAGUCCUUAAGCACAGAAAUCCUGAAGGGUACUAUGGGCAAUCAACAGAACCUCGUAGUCCACGGCCCUCAAAUGUUAAGUUCAGAGUUGGUCAAGUUAUUCGACACAAGAAGUGGAAUUACAGAGGUGUUAUUAUUGGAUGGGAUGAAAAGUUAAAUGCUCCUGACUAUUGGCGGGCAUCUAACCAUCCUGCCGACAAACCACAUUGGCAGACCAUGCCCAAUUAUGCCAUACUUGUCGAUAUAAGAGAUAGGGCGGAGCCACAGGUGACAUAUAUCCCUGAGGAGAACAUUGAGAUUAUAUCCAAUACAAAGAUAAUACAUGACGAAGUUGAUGACUAUUUCUUGGAGUUUGAUGGAGCACAGUACCUGCUGAGACCCUGGCUCAGAAAAGUAUACCCCCAUGAUUAGUAUUAGAGAUAUGUGGCCUCUGGGUAAAGCUUUAGUUUAUAAAAUCUACCCAAAAUGAUAUACCCAUACCUCUGCUAUACCCCUUGGAAAAUCCAAUUUCCACUGUGGGGGAGGUAUGGAUAUUUUCUGGUACUACACAAUAUACCCUCCUCAGACCCUCCCCACCCCUUGGAAAUUCCAAUCCCCCUCUGUGAGGGAGGUAUGGAUAUUUUCUGGAACUACAUAAU